AUGGCUAACCAGACUUUGAAGCAAUUGGCCGCUCCUAACUUGGCUGCGCAACCACCAUCUAUCACGUAUCCUGCCCUUGAUAGGCCAUUAAAGCUUAAUUCGGGAUUCCUGAACUUUUUGCCAAAAUUCAAUGGGUUACCAGGUGAGGACUCUUACCGUCAUAUUAAUGAAUUUUUAAUUACUUGUUCAACUAUGCAGCCAGAUGGCAUUGAAGAGGAACAAAUCAAGCUCCGAGCCUUCCCAUUCUCGUUACAAGGUUUGGCAAAGAACUGGUUAUAUUACAUGCCACCAGGAUCAUUCACAACUUGGACAGGGUUACAUAAGGCUUUCCUUGAGAAGUAUUUUCCUGCAUCAAGAAUAGGAUCAAUCAGGAAGGAAAUUUGUGGAAUUAAGCAACUGGUAGGAUUGACACCACAAGAUCGAGGAAUGAUCGAUGCAGCGAGUGGAGGUGCAUUGGUUGAUAAAACUCCUGAACAAGCCCGGAAUUUGAUUGCUAAUAUGGCGCAAAAUACACAACAAUUCGGUCUCAGGAGAUCCGACUUGGGUAAACGAAUGGAUGAGGGCCAGUCAAGUAUGAUGGAGGCUCAGUUAGCUAACUUAACGGCUAUGGAAGGGGAAGCUAAUGCCGUCUUUCCAAAUCAGAGGAGGUAUGAUCCAUAUUCAGCUACCUAUAAUGAAGGAUGGAGAGACCACCCCAAUCUUAGAUACCAAAAUCGAGCCGCACCUCCGGGAUUCGAGCAGCAAAAUUCUCGACAAUAUAAUUCGUCACAGCAACAACCUAGCCAUCAAAAUCUUAUGAAGCAGUUACAAACCAGAGCCUCGUCGACUGACGUUAAUCUUGGGAACUUGCAAGCACAGGUAAAUAAUCGGUUACCAUCACAGCCUGUGGCAAAUCCAAGGGAUAAUGUCAGUGCUAUAACCUUGCGAAGUGGGAAGGAGUUGAGAUCGAUACUAAAGAAGGGCCAAAACAGUAAUGAGGAAGACGAAACUGAGCAAAUUUUGAGCAGAAACGAGGGUUCCGAGCUUGAGCACAAGCAGGCGCCGUUUCCACAACGUUUGAGGAAGGAAAAGUCAGACGACGUCAAUGCUAAAAUUUUAGAGACUUUCCAUAAGGUACAAGUUAAUAUCCCAUUGAUUGAUGCAAUUAAACAAGUACCUAGAUAUGCUAAGUUUUUAAAAGAACUGUGCACAUCUAAAAGGAAAUUAAUUGGAAAUGAGAAGAUUAGUCUAGGCGAAAAUGUUUCUGCGGUAUUUCAAAAGAAACUUCCUAUUAAAUGUAAAGAUCCUGGAAUGUUUUCGAUACCUUGUAAGAUAGGAGAUCUUAAACUAGAUAGAGCUAUGCUUGAUUUGGGUGCUUCUAUAAAUGUCAUGCCUAGGAGUAUCUACGAUAAAGUUCAAUUAGGUGCAUUAAAAGACACGAGACUGAUAAUACAACUUGCAGAUAGAAGUAAUGCCUAUCCUGAUGGAGUUUUAGAAGAUGUUCUAGUGCAAGUGAAUGAGUUAGUUUUUCCAGCUGAUUUUUAUGUUUUAGACAUGAGAGCUAGUGAUAACUCAGUUGAUGUACCCUUACUUUUAGGUAGACCCUUCCUUAAGACAAAUUAG